AUGUCUGCCUCACUGCAGGAGCUGCCCACCAGCUCUCGUCCCAGCGGACUCGCUCGCUUCGUGACCCGGGCCCUCGACGAGCUGGGUCUCGUCGCGCUGUGGCAGACAUCGUUGGACUCGAAGCUGCUCUGCGCCCAGCGCUUCGUGCGUCUCUUCGCGUACGGCGGCUCGACGCUGAUCCUGGCCGCGUAUCUCUCUGCCCUGGACAUUUCUGACGACCGGAUCGGCCUGUUCAUGACCCUGACGCUGGCCGGCGAUGUGGUCAUCAGCUUUUUCCUCACGCUGUUUGCCGACGCCAUGGGCCGCAAGGCGGUUCUGGCCCUGGGGUCGGCGUUGAUGUGUGCCAGCGGCGUAAUCUUUGCGCUGUUUAGCAACUAUUGGGUGUUGCUGGCUGCGGCCGUUUUUGGAGUGAUUAGUCCAAGCGGCAACGAGAUCGGGCCCUUCCGUGCCGUGGAAGAAUCCACAAUCGCCCAUCUCACUCCUCACGAGGUCCUCAGCGACAUUUUCGCCUGGUAUUCGCUCAUCGGCACCGCGGGGACGGCCCUCGGCAUGAUGGUCUGUGGCUGGAUCAUCAAUCUGCUGCGCGUGACCAAAGGAUGGGACUUUGUCUCCGCCUGCCGGGUCAUCUUCUUUGUAUACGCCGCAGUCGGCGCCAUCAAGUUUCUGUUGACGAUCGGGCUGAGCUCCAAGGUUGAAGCGGCUAGUAAGCAGCAGAAGCAGAAAAAGCAACAGCAACAGCAGCAGAGCUCCGAAACGGAGCCUCUCCUUGCCAACGGACACAGGGAAGAGGAAACCUCGCCAAAGCAGACUCACCGAAAGAUUGCCUUUCUCCCCGCCGUCGAGAUUGAACUCAUGGGUCUUGUUCUGAACCUGUGUCUUCUCUUCGCGCUGGAUUCCUUUGCGUCUGGUUUGGCAUCGCUGUCCUGGGUCACCUACUUCUUCAGACGCAAGUUCAACCUCCCGGAAGGACAGCUCGGAUCGCUGUUCUUCACGACCAGCAUCAUCCAGUCUGUGUCCAUGUUGGUUGCGUCGUCGAUCGCCAAGCGAUUUGGCAAUGUGAAGACAAUGGUCUUCACCCACCUCCCCUCCGCAGUCUGUCUCGCGAUGAUCCCCAUCCCUUCAUCCCUUCCAUUCGCCAUGCUCUUCCUCGUCCUCCGCGCCUGCACCCAGACCAUGGACGUCGCGCCGCGCUCGGCCUUCCUGGCCAGCGCUCUGCCGCCGGAGAAGCGCACCGCCAUCAUGGGCACCAUCAACGUGGUGAAAACCUGCAGCCAGAGCCUGGGGCCCCUCCUGACGGGCGUGCUGGCCGGACGGGGUCUCUUCUGGGUUUCCUUCGUUGUUGCAGGAAGCUUGAAGGCAACGUACGACAUUGGCAUGCUGGUCAGUUUCGGUGGAUUGGACAAGAAGAGGAGGAAAAAGGAGUCGCUAGAGGACAGGGAGGCAGCUGCAGCAGAAAGUCAAGGAGAGCAACGACGGUAA